UGGUAACAAUUAAAGGGCCUCCCGGUGCAAGCAGAAAGCUGUUUAUUUUGUUACAUCACUUCACUUUGCCUUCGAAGGCUGGUCUGUGCUCAGUGUUUUCCUGGUGAUGCAAGUCGGCUCUCUCCUCCAGCAGUUGGAUCCCUCCCAUCUCGCAGCACCUCACAGGUCUCUUCCCCGAGCAGUGCGUUGCUGGAGCGAGGAGCCUCUCACGAAUCAGCUGCAGGUCCCUGUUUUGAAAAGCAGAGAUACAGAGGCAAAAGAAAAGGGCGGACUCCUAUGUGACCUGGUCUCAGAGCAAGACAAUCACCAGCUGAAUUCCAGAAGCCCUGUUCAUGUUUGGGGAGAUUUUUUCGACUGCAUGGAAUCAGAGAGAAGCCAAAGGAUGGGAAAUGCCUGCAUCCCCCUGAAAAGAAUUGCUUAUUUCCUAUGUCUCUUAUCUGCGCUCUUGCUGACUGAGGGGAAGAAACCAGCGAAGCCAAAAUGCCCUGCCGUGUGUACUUGUACCAAAGAUAAUGCUUUAUGUGAGAAUGCCAGAGCCAUUCCACGCACCGUUCCUCCUGAUGUUAUCUCAUUAUCCUUUGUGAGAUCUGGUUUUACUGAAAUCUCAGAAGGGAGUUUUUUAUUCACACCAUCGCUGCAGCUCUUGUUAUUCACAUCGAACUCCUUUGAUGUGAUCAGUGAUGAUGCUUUUAUUGGUCUUCCACAUUUAGAGUAUUUAUUCAUAGAAAACAACAACAUCAAGUCCAUUUCAAGACAUACUUUCCGGGGACUAAAGUCUUUAAUUCACCUGAGCCUUGCAAACAACAAUCUGCAGACGCUCCCAAAAGAUAUCUUCAAAGGCCUGGAUUCUUUAACAAAUGUGGACCUGAGAGGGAAUUCAUUUAAUUGUGACUGUAAACUGAAGUGGUUGGUGGAGUGGCUGGGCCAUACCAACGCAACGGUCGAAGACAUCUACUGCGAAGGCCCCCCAGAGUACAAGAAGCGCAAAAUCAAUAGUCUCUCCUCCAAGGACUUUGAUUGUAUCAUUACAGAAUUUGCAAAGUCUCAAGACCUGCCUUAUCAAUCACUGUCCAUAGAUACUUUUUCUUAUAUGAACGAUGAGUAUGUAGUCAUCGCUCAGCCUUUUACUGGAAAAUGCAUUUUCCUUGAAUGGGACCACGUAGAAAAGACCUUCCGGAAUUAUGACAACAUUACAGGCACGUCCACUGUAGUAUGCAAGCCUAUAGUCAUUGAAACUCAGCUCUAUGUUAUUGUGGCCCAGCUCUUUGGCGGCUCUCACAUCUAUAAGCGAGACAGUUUUGCGAAUAAAUUCAUAAAAAUCCAGGAUAUUGAAAUUCUCAAAAUCCGAAAACCCAAUGACAUUGAAACAUUCAAGAUUGAAAACAACUGGUACUUUGUUGUUGCUGACAGUUCAAAAGCUGGUUUCACUACCAUUUACAAGUGGAAUGGAAAUGGAUUCUACUCUCAUCAAUCCUUACACGCGUGGUACAGGGACACUGACGUGGAAUAUCUAGAAAUAGCCAGACCACCUCAGGCACUGAGAAUGCCUCAUUUAAUCCUGUCCAGUAGUUCCCAGCGCCCUGUAAUUUAUCAAUGGAACAAAGCAACACAAUUAUUCAUUAACCAAACUGACAUCCCUAACAUGGAGGAUGUAUAUGCCGUAAAGCACUUCUCAGUGAAAGGUGAAGUGUACAUUUGCUUGACAAGAUUCAUUGGUGAUUCCAAAGUAAUGAAAUGGGGAGGCUCCUCAUUUCAGGAUAUUCAGAGGAUGCCAUCACGAGGAUCUAUGGUGUUCCAGCCUCUUCAGAUAAAUAACUAUCAAUAUGCAAUUCUUGGAAGUGAUUAUUCUUUUACUCAAGUAUAUAACUGGGAUGCAGAGAAAGCCAGAUUUGUGAAAUUUCAAGAAUUAAAUGUUCAGGCACCAAGAUCAUUCACACAUGUGUCCAUUAAUAAACGUAAUUUUCUUUUUGCUUCCAGUUUUAAGGGAAAUACACAGAUUUACAAACAUGUCAUAGUUGACUUAAGCGCAUGACACACAAAUUCUGUGGCUGCCACCAGAAACUUUCUAUAGUACAUGGUCUGGAUGAACUCAAUGCAUGAUGACUUCUUAUCACACUUGCAAAUGAAUGCCUUUCAAACAUUGAGACUGCUAGAACCCAGCACUACCAGUAUCUCCAUCCUUAACUGUCCAGUCCAGUGGUGUGGGAAAUUACCUUUUAUAAGCGAAGAUUGAAUUGUGUAACUGUUCUCUGCAGUGAAGAUGUGUAAAUAAGCAGUUAAUGGUAUCUGUUACUCUAAAAAAGAAAUAUUAAUAUGUACUUUUCCAUUUAUUUAUUCAUGUGUUCAGAAACAACUGCCAAAUAAAAUGUUUACAUUUUCUUUUGUAUCCCAAAGGCAAUUAUUUAUAGGAGGUUUUUCUUGGCGAUAGUAUGUUGAGGAAAUAGUUUUAUAUAAUAGGGUUAUAUCUGAAUCAAAAGUUUAUGCUGUGAAUAAUGAGUGACAGUGAAACACUGAUUUUAAUUAUCUGUAAUAUAUAAACAGGUUUAUUAGCUGAUUUUGAACAUUUGAAGGUGUUUCCAAAAUUUGUGGCUUUAAGGAACACUUUGAGAUAAAGUGGUGACAAAAGGAAGGCAGAGAAAUUUGCUUAUUACAAGAAGACUAAUUUGAAAUAAAGAACAGUAAGGCCCAUCCUUUCCUGUCCAAUAGCUCCAGAUACAGCAAUCAUUCAAACAGCUUAUAGCAGAGGCUAAUCAAGAUUUUGAAUUAAAAAAAAAAACCCUAUUCAGGGACUUUCUGAAUGCCUGACUAUAGAAUCAUCUGACAGAUGAUAAGACAUUGUAAUCUUACAGCAUUUGCCUCAAAUAUGCCUGAAAUGAAGGCCUCUCAAUCUGACCAAGGAUGCUUCACUUCUGGAAACCCAUUUUGAUAUGUUACUGACAUGUUGCAGAGUGCCUAGGAGACUCAUGUUUGAUUUUCUAAAUCCCUGCUCCUGGAUCACAAAGGUCACUAGACCCUAGCACAAUGCCUGUGCACUCUGGAGGCUCUCAAAAAUGCUUCCAAGGGUACACAUGCGUCCUCCUGUUAUAAUAAUAAACUUUACGAGGCUCUUUGAUCUAACCAGUAUUUAUUGAGUGCUUAAUAAGAACAAGAUGUUGUUCCCGUGGUGGGGGUAGAAUUGAGGAAGAGUAAGGCAUGGUCCUUGCCCUCUGGGGCCUUAGAAGACUCAUUGGGGGUUUAGGACAUAACAGAGUAAGCAGUUAAGUGUCAAGUAUCAUCUGAACAUUCCAGUCAUAGGUAUCAUGAGAGCAUCAGAGAUGUCUUCCUAGAAGAAGUGGUCCUUGUUUGAACUAAAGGGAAGAUAUGAUUUCAAAAGGGGAUCAUGGCAGAGACACUAUUCCUGGCACUUGGUCCUGUGUGCUGCCUUUACAGAAGGGAUCAGAGCCUCCUCCAGCCCAUUAUUCCCCAGAGGCUUUGACCAAAUGUCUGGGAGGGGAGGGCGGACAGCCUCUCUGCCAGCACGUAUCUGGCAAAUUUGAGGCAUCAAACGUACACACAGUAGUUACACAGUCUCCUGGAAGCAACACCUUGGGGAUUUAUGCACAGGAAUCAGAUGCCUUUACAGAAUGGCACAGAUAUUGAUGCUGACACUGGGAUUUUGGUGGAGAAGAAGGCUUACCCAGUCCCAGUCCUGCACAUAAGAAAGACUGGCCUUUGAAUAUGUUAUUUUUCAGUUCCCAUUUCCUAGAAGCAGCAUGAAUGCUGCUGGAGAACAACUGCCUUGUAAAGACAGGGUUUAAAUCCAGCCCUGCCAUGUACUGGCUUUGUCUACAGACAAGUUACUUAACUUUUCUGAGCCUCAGUUUCUUCAUCUGUAAAGGGGCAAUAAUGCCUAUGCCAAAGACAGUGGAAGAAUUAAGUGAGAUAAUGUACACAUGGCCAAUUGAACUUUUCAAAUAUGGUACAACAAUACCUCCCAUCCCACAUGAGUUAUGAGAAUCUUGCCCCAAUCUCAUCAAGAGGUGGUACCUAAUUCCCCUGUUCUUAAAUCUGGAUGAGCUUGUAACCAACAGAAU